AUGCUGCACCUGGUGAAUGCCGUAUCAGGCGAAAUAGCGCAUCAGCAGGUGCUGCCUGCGGGGGCCUCAAAACCUCUCCUUGUUGCAGUGUGCGAGGACUCGGUGUAUGUACACUUUUGGAAUAUCUUUGCGGCGCGGUUUGAGCUGUUGGUGGUUGCGCUGACAGAGGACAGACCAGACCCAGGUCCCCUGGGUUUGAUAUUUCCCUCAGCCCGGCGAAACCCUCAUAAAUCAGGGUUUGGGUUGGGGCGGCCUGCAGCAGAGUCGAGGGUUUUUGUUUUUUCUUCGGGUGUAUCUGCAGCUGCUCUCACAGCAACCACCCAGGGAAUAACACCGAGGGCUUUGAUACUUGCGAGCAGCAGCACGCAGCAGAUUCAUUUGUUGUCUACCCGCCUGGCGAACGCGAAGCGCCCUUUGCCUCCUGCAGCAGCAGCAGCAGCAGCAGCAGCAGCAGCAGCAGGAGCAGCAGCAGCAGCACCUGAGGCUGCUGCUGCAGCAUCAACACCAGACAACAUCCCUAUGUACACUCCUGUGCUUCCCCUAAACCCUGUAGACUGUCUAUACUACGGCAGAAGGGCGUAUCACGUGCGGGGGGUUCUGGCUCACCCAUCAGAAAGAGAAUCAACUUCGUUGGCUUUUGCUUUUGGUUUAGAUAUUCUUUACUCUCCAGUUCAGCCUGCAAGUGUAUGUCUAGGGUUUAGGGUUUAG